ACUUGUGAAGCGGUGCGCGUCGACAGUGUCCGAGGCGAUAUCGCGCGAGAAGGACCAGUGGCGAUCGGGUCCUUUCGGCGGCUGCACGGUCCCGAUGCACUCCGGCAUCUGCCGAGACCAGCGUUCCCGACCUCCAGUGCUCACUUCUCAGGGUGAUUCGGCAGCCGAGUACAUUGUAAAGGUCAGCGUCGUGCCGGUCAUGCUCGCUCUCAUCAGCGGCUACCGGCAGCGGAACCGGCGGAUCCCGGCGCGUUCUGUGCUGCUCCUGUCUCUCGGCUCCGUCCUCUUCAGCUGCGUGUGCAUCUCAGCGGCGGGGUCUGUCGUCCAACGGCAGCGCCCCUCUCCACCAGCCGCCGGCGCCGGCACCGGUCUUCCCGCAGUGGUGCACAACGAGAGGGGCAAGAUCGAGCGUCGUUGCGAAGGUGACGCUCGCUCCCGCCGCUCUGCAUCAGGCACUCAGUCUGGGGGAAAUACCCCGCCGCCGUGGAAAAACGUCACCGGGAGGGUGCUGACGCCCACCCCGGCUGCCGUUCGGGUGGGCCGAGCGUUCUGGAUGACCGCGCAGCCAACCCGUCGAUCUGACGAGGCCGUGAGAUCGCCGACGGAGAGCUCGCUGCUGAAGCUCGGAGCACAGCAGACGGAGCGGGUGCCGGCUGACAGGGAGGUGGUGUCCACCAGUCGCCUGCUGCACGAGCUGAGCUCGGACAGCUCGGCUGCGGCGCUGUCCCGGUACGGUGAUCGGCCCUGGAGUGACGCCGACCUGAGCUCCCUGCUGAUCCAGCUCCAGGAGCUGGGUGGCGAGGCUGAGCUGCCGCAGCUCCGGCUCGGCUCGGUGGGCGAGUUUCGCCGCGAGCUGCGCCGCUGCAGUGCGGUUGUCGCCGUGCUGGAGAAGGACCAGCCCGGCGCUGGCAGCUCGAGCCUCCAGAAGUUGUACCAGCUGCCGGCAGCCGAGGGCUGUCUGCAGCUGCUGCUGCGACUCCAGCUACUGCCGGUGACCCGACCCAGAGCGCGCGAGGCUGCGGGCACCCUGCUCGGUGAGCCCAAACGGCUGAAUCUGAUCUGAACGAGACGGUGCACCUGACCACUCAGUGUAGCACCGCCGCACUUGACGUCUGUACAUAUCUUCUCAUUAGAAUGCUCGGGUAGAUAAUGGGUCAGUUAGGACAGAAAGAGGUCGUCCUUGCGUGGGAAUGGUUCGAUGCAGAGCUCACGCAGCCUAGAGGCAGCAGAUGUGCUUAGAGGCGCAGUUAAACGAGUUUAUAGCUUUGUGAUGCCUAUUAUUGUGUGUCGUUGUUAUUGUACGUAAAUUUAUGACUUGACGACGAAACUUAUUAUGUAUGCAUUAUGCAAUAAACUUUGUCAUAGAUUGU